AAAUGAAACUGGUUUCAGGAUCCUUGCUGAGCAAACAUGUGAGAUAGCCAGUUGGAAAGCACUACCAUCAGAUGAAUGCCAAGGGUCAUGUAACACUACAUAGCGCUUACAGAUAGUGGCAUAUUUACAGACCUGCAAGAGGCUAGACAGAGCUCUAGCAAGCUGCAAGCCUCUACCCAGCAUCCAUCUGAAAUCUCAGGAAAAGGUGAGGAGAGGAUUUGUCAUUCUUAAGGUGAAGCAGAAUCAGCAGCGAACAGAACAGAGGACUAAGAAAAGAAAGGGGAAGAGGAAGAAGACGCAGCCAUGAUGGGCACACCUCUCCGGAGGAAAGCCCCGGCAUAUGAGAUGGCUGAAGCUGAACUUCAUAAGGAACGGCUACAAGCCCUGGCGGAAAAACGAAAAAGACAAGCUGAAAUAGAGGACAAAAGGCGACAGUUGGAUGAACUUGUUCUACAGCUUCAACAUUUUAAGUCUAAAGCCAUGAGGGAGAGAUGGCUUCUACAGGGUACAGCAGGGUUACAAGAGGCAGAUGACAGCUGCAGAAAACAAGUGGAAGAAGACGAACUACAUGUCAAAAAACUAGAAGAUUUAAUUCAAAGAUUGGAGUCAGAAAUCUGUCUUUUGGAGAACGAAGAGUCCCAGAUUUCAGCUAAAGAGCAGGUUCUCAGAGAGAGACUGAGGGAAACUGAGAGAUCUAUUGAAGAUUUGCAGAAAAGUCUUCAGUGUCAAGACGGAGAUGCAGUGAAUUACAACUGCUCCCAGAUCCUGGACCUUCCAGAACUGAACUCCCAAAUCUCGGCUUCAGGGGAUAAACAACAACCAAGAAAAGCCGCAUUAUACGCCAUGGAGAUUAAUGUUGAAAAGGAUCGGAAGACCGGCACUACCAAGAUUCUCUCCGCCUCAGCCGUCAGCCCACAGGAAGCCCAUCAGCGAGGCAUCAAGGUCUACGAUGAUGGCCGCAAAGUAAUCUAUGAGGUGCGUUCUGGGGGUUCUGCUACAAUCGAGAAUGGCACGCACCCCUGGAGCACAAGUGAAGUGGACGAAUUGAUGCAGCAAGUAGGCCAGCCUCACCAACGAAGCGAGGGUGCACGGGUAACCGUCACGCCAGCCGAGUCGCAGUCAUCAGAAACACCAUCGAGUGCCAAAGAGGACAAGCAAGACGAGCAACAAAUCUCUAGCAAUACCCAGGAAAGGUACGAGGAUGAGGUGAAUGAGACUCCACAGGCCUCAGCGGACAAACCAGUGACCAUGAUCUUUAUGGGCUACCACAGCAUAGAAGAUGAAGAGGAAACCAAAAAGCUGCUUGGCUUUGAUGGUACCAUCAAGGCCGAGAUUGUCCUUAUCGACGAAGACGAUGAGAAAUCUCUUCGUGAGAAGACCGUCACUGACAUCUCCAAUAUUGAUGGCAAUGCUGCAGACCUCGUGUCAGGCCGGCCUCUUUCUGAUACCAGUGAACUGUCUUCAGAGGGCAAAGAUGAAACUUCAACCAAGGAAAUGCCACCUACAGGUAGUGAGAAGGCUCGUUCAGUGCUGCUGACCGCAGAGAAUGGAUUGUAUCCAACAACAACUUCACGAUUUCAAGACGUUCUGAGGUCCCCUGUACUCCCAGAGGAUGACAGUGAGCUGAAAAGAGAAAGAAACCUGAAGACUGUAAGCUUUUUCGAUUCUGUUAGCUUGAUACCUGGGGAAAGCGGAAUGGAGCUUGACACUCAGGCUGAAAUCCAGCAAAGCUACAUGAACAGUGGCCCAAACAGAGUGAGACACAAGGGGGAUGGACUGGACACUGAUGUUGCCCAGGAAAUCCUCUAUUUAGAUCAGGUGCUUGAGGCCAACUGUUGCGAACCUGGAACUGACAUAAAUUCAAAUGGGACAUGUUCCUCUGAGAUUCAGGCAAUCAAAGUUGAUGGAACCGAAUCAUCUGUUCAUACUUGCGACACAUCCCCAUUAUAUAAUCAAGAAGUUAUUUUAGUAGGGAAAAAUCAGACCACUUUUGUUGACGAUGACAACAACAAACACAAUGGUCAUGCAGCAAUGAUGGAAAACUGUACGAGGUCACCUGAGUCACCCAGGUCUGCAAUCAAAAAAGAGGCACGUUUCGAACUCCGACCAUUUCAUGAAGAAAAGAAACCAUCGAAACUAUUUGACACUCCAACAGAGAAAGAAGUUCGGGUGAAGAAGGUCAGACCCUCAGAGGAAAUUGCAGAGCUAGAGAAGGAAAGGUUGGAACUCAUCCGGGGCCAGGCAGUAAAGAAAAAUCCCGGAAUUGCUGCGAAAUGGUGGAACCCACCUCAGGAAAAGACACUGGAGGAGGAGCUCGAGCCAGAGCAACUGGAGUCACUUCGAAAGUAUGAGGAGAGAAAGCAGAGGCGACCAGAAACCGAUCGUAUGUUGCAAGCGGCACCCAAACAAACAAUCACCUUUAUACAACCUGAAAUAGGAAAUAAGGAGGAUGUUGUCACGGAAGAGAUUGACUUUUCUGCAGCACGCAAACAAUUUUUGCAGAUGGAACAUGUCAGGCAGCCUGCGACCUCCAAGAGAAAUGUAGCACCUCAGCUUUACUCUGCCAAACCUUUCUUUAAGACUCCUGAGGUUACUCAUGUGGAGAGGCAGUGCAGUUCUGUAACAGUUGUCAGUCAAGAGGGAAUCCCGUCAUAUGAUGAAAGUCAUGUCACUACAGGGAAAGCAGAAAAGAUUUACUGCUGCUCUGGAGAAUCCCUCAUGCCAUCCGAGAAAAAAUUAACCCCCAAUGAAUUGCAUGAAGAUGGUUUCACUUGUGCCCAUGCAGUAAUGACCAUUGUAAAGGACGAAGACUCUGAUCUGUGUCAGCCCUCUUCGAACAGCUCCUACCAUAUGGAGGAAAUUGAUUCUGGGUUAGAUGACUUGUCCUUAAGAUCUCAGGACACCACUGUAUUGGAGACGCUGUCCAAUGACUUCAGCAUGGACAACAUAAGUGAUAGCGGUGCGUCAAAUGAGACAAUGAGUGCCUAUUUGGAAAACUCGCUUGGGGACUAUUCUUUUCCCUCAACUCCAGUGGUUAACACUCCGAUCAAUGGGAAGCAUGACAGUGGAAUCAAAUCUCCAGGUGAGCUGAGUGGGUCUUAUCAGGAAGAUGCUUUGACAGAGGAAGAGCUAGAAUACCAUGCUGGGAUCCUCGUCCAGAAUGCUAUCCAGCAAGCCAUCGCCAAGCAGAAUGACAAGUGGGAGCCACUUCAAUCCACACAACAGUCGUCUCCCAUCCCAGGGAAAGUGGAAAAUGUCCCGUUUCAACCCCAGCAACUAGAGGACAAAUCUGCUGUCACACCACCCAAAGUCUCCUCCAUAAAGGAGGAAACCAUUACUCCUGAAAUUACCAUAGUUCAAGCAACUCCAGUUAUCCCGGUGAACACGUACAAGUCUCCCAGUCCAUCUCCGCCACAUAGCGAGCAACCUGAAUUCAGCUAUUUCAGUAAAUACUCUGAGGCAGCGGAGCUCAGGAGCACCGCAGCUGUUACUCGCGCUCAGGAAGCGGAAGUGACCUCUGGGCCAUUUAAGCUGCGCUCCCGCAAAAAAGGAACCCUAUCUAUGAUUGAAGAGGAGAUUCGGGCGGCCCAGGAACGCGAGGAAGAAUUAAAAAGACAGCGGCAGGUGCAAGCCUUUCGCCCACCCUGCUCACAGAAACAGAAGAACGCCAACCAGCCAAGCAAGCUUGUCCUUACUGGAAAGACAGCCCCAGGUAAAAUCGAGAAGAUUCGUGCAGUGCCUCCAGCAUCACCAUGCUCUUCAGACGGAGCACUGCCUUCGCCAUUGUCUGAUCUGGGCAGUGAUGAUUCUGGUGGACAGAGACCCAAGAACUUCAUGCAGACCCUAAUGGAGGACUAUGAGACGCACAAAGUGAAACGCAGAGAGAAAACUGAAGACAGCAGCUACAUCCGAACAGUUACAUCUGAGGUCUUGGAGGCCACGCGUGUUACUCGCAGAAAAAGUAACAUGGCUCUCCGAUGGGAAGCUGGCAUCUAUACCAACCAGGAAGAAGUUGAAGGGGAGGAAGAGUAAACUAAGUUUACUUUCCUGCUGAGAAAACCAGAGGGGAAAUGUGCAACAGGAUUAACAGAAGUAUUAAUUGGGAAUUAACACCCAACAGCAAUUCACACAGCUCUGAAGCUUUGCUUAACCAAUGGACGUGAAGAUUGUUCAUUUUGGGAGAUCGUGUUGGGCCAUAUUUUCUUUUGAGGGCCCUAAGCAAAGACAUUGUUGACCAAAGAUACUGUAAUGCUUCAUGUGUCUACUAUCCAAAUAAUUCUUUUUGGCAUUGAAUUUGAUUUGACAUGUAAGAUAAGUUAUUCAAUGUGGAGGUCAUUGUGCAUUUAGGAGUCGAUUUUCACAGACCUGAAAUUAUGUUAUUGUGUGGCUAUGGAUAGAGAAAGGUUAAGUCACCUUUACAACCAGGAAUACAGUGUGAUUUUAUCUGAUUUUAUCAAUCAGGUCAUUUACAUGAAAUGAUUCACAUUUCAACUCUGAGUGGAGAUUGGUGCCAUUAAUCUGAAGUCAGAAGUUGCCUAUAGGCAGAUGAUAGUGUUGUCCAUAAAUCUUUUAGAGGAAAGUUGAACUAUACCUAAAGUCUAUUUAAGGAAGUUGCGUCACUGCACCGCCAUGUUUGCAACGCCUAUAGGGUUUGCUAAAGUGAGCUACCCCAUUUAUAGCAAUAGCAGUGAUGCACCUUGUUAAAUUAAAUAUCUUGGACUAUGAUGACGAGAUGGUUAGUUACAGAUAUAUUUUCAUAUUCGAAUUGGGCUCUGUGUUAUUCAUGUUAGUGAAGUCAUAUCCAGAAACCAUUAUAAAUUGAUACCUUGAAACUGGUACCUUCUGGUGCAGUUUUCAUCCGUGCAGUGGGGUUAGGGUAUUAGGGUGGUUUCUGAAUAUGCGUUCCAUAAUAAACUUUCCAUGAAUCUUUUACUGUAAAAAAAUCCAUAGAAAUUACAGUGUUACUUGCAGCUGGUUGCCGGUAACUUACCAUAAAUUAAAAUUUAUGUUAUUUACUGGCAACAUUUUGUUCAAAGUUAAAUGAACAUUAAACAUUUUCAGUCUUUAUCUUCUACAGUAAGUAACCGGCAACCAGCUGCAAGUAACACUGUAUUUUCUACAGAUUUUUUUUACAGUGUCAUUAUCAUUUAUAUGAACACAUAAAACUUUGAAAGUGUACUCUUUUUGGUAAAGAUUGUGUGACGUUUGUAAGAGCAGAUAUCAGUACUAAAAUAAAUCGAACCAGGACAGCAUUGUGGACCAGAAUGGUAUUGUUGUUUGAGGUUAAAGAUAGUCCUGUUUGGUUGAAAGUAUAGCAUCCUAUGCAGUGUUGAACAUUUGAAGGACAUUUAAUGAUUGGUAAAUAAUUUGGAGAUUGUUUUAGUAAUGUUUAAUGUUUUACAGGAUGACUUAUUUUGUGUGUGUACAUGCACUUGUGCUUUAAUUUGUCUUAGAUAAAGCCACAGUCAUGGGGCAUGAGAGAAAACAUGAAUAUGAAGAAGAAAAUGAAAGAAAUAAACAGUCAGUAUUUUUAUAACUUAAGUGCAAGAAUGCAAAUAUUCAUUUUAUUAAACUGGUGUUUCCAUUAAUCUUAAUUUAUAAAUAUAAGAACAUUAGCAUUUCCUUAACCAUUACAAGCAGGACUGUAUUGCUGUUUUUCCCUUUCGUACAUUCACUUCAUUUAUAUGGACACGCACAUGUUUGACAAGUGGGAGUGGUUUAGUAUUAUUAUUAUGAUAUUGGUUUUGAUUUGUUCCUUCUUUGUACUCAUUUGUUUUUGUGUGUCACAAAAGAUGCUCAGUAGAAUAUGCACCUAUAGAGGACACUCACUUCAGAGAUGGACAUGUCAAAAUAACAAUCAUGAAGGAGAGAUAUUUCAACAAUAUGACUUCUAUUUUUGACUUUUGCCCUUAGCCUGAUGCAUUUAUCUACAUAAGACAAUCCCAAGAGCAUCUUUCGACAAAUGUGGCUUUGUUUUUUUUGUAUCGUACACAUAUAAUAUAUACAGUAUGUAUAUCACACUAAAGUAUUUACUGGACUGCUGUAUUUAUUUUGCGUAUAUGUCAAGUAUUUGUAGUUUUUGGGUUAGAGUGCAUAUAAUAGUGCUUAACUCUCUCGAAAUGAUUCUCGAUUGCAGGCAAAAAGACUAGAAACUAUAAAAGUUGCAUUAUUCCAACACGUGGGUGACAUAUAAAGUUACACCUACAGAAUUAAUAUUUCUUUAUUUAAUAGGUCUGUGGAUGCUGACUUUCUAAGGUGUUCGUUUAUUUUCAUGCGUGACAGGAUAUUGGAUUUUUACUUGGAUAUUUUGAUAUAAGAUAAGACUAUAGUCAGUGAGCAAAUAAUUUGAAUUUUGUACGAGGGAAAUAUUUUUAUUUGAGCAGUGUUCCUAUACAUGGAAAAUAGUUAUGGAAAACGACCGACGUUUAGUACUAUUACUGCACAUCUAUCCGUAUUUUAUAUACAUUUUACAUGUAUUGUGUGCAUUUGAGAGCCAAGUAUCCCAUACUAUAUGCAUUUUAGAGAUAUUAGUGAAGAAGACAUUUGGUUUGAUGGGCUGCAGGGAAUGUUACAAGCACAGAGAACUUAAAUAUUGACCAUGAUGUUGACAGGUUUUGCAUCGUGAACACUGCAGCAUUCACUUUAAAUGCAUAGUCAGUGUUAGUUUUCAGGAAUAUGCUGUGCUUUUGUACUAUAAUGUCUAAAAGUUAUAAUUUUUACAUCAUAAAGUUAAAUUAUUAAACGCAAGGCAGCGUUCACAUCUGUAAAACAACAGGAAAAUCUCUAGAGGAAAGAAGCAUUAGACAUGGGUCCAUGUUGCAGUUGUUAAUGUGUGAAAACAUGAUGGCAACUUUAUGGACAUUUAGGAACAGCAGAUUUAGCAAUAAACCUAGAUUUAAAUGCUUUGAAUAGCGUUGACUAUUAGCAGUCAAGCUUUUGUCUGCCAUGUCCCGUGUGCAUGCAGCUGAUAAAAUUGUGCAUCUGCUGCAAUUGGUCUGACAUUGUGAUGGAAGACAGUUUAAAAUACUUUUAUUAAAAUGAUAAAAGUACAGCUUAAACAUGGUCUGCUUUUGUUUUUAUUGCUUUUAUUAUUUUAAAAGCAAUCAUGUUUAUUGGGUUUGGAUCUAUUGAGUGAUAAUGCAAUCAUGCUUUCAAAUGCUCCUCUGUUAUCAUGGUAACCACUUACUGUACAUUAAUAUUCUGCUUAUACUGUUUUAUAGUUCUUGUAAGUCUUGCUAUUACACACAUAUAUGAUUAUUUUCUCAUUAAAAAGAAUAUUUAAAACCUG